AUGAAAAAUGUUCUCCAGCCCUCAACACUACUUAAUAGAGGACCCAUUGGUGAAAUAACAUUUCCAAUUUGGAGAGACCACUUCAAGACUUUGCUGAACCGACAAGCGCCUCCUGAACUCGAGCACGUUCAUAGACCGACUUAUGCGGUUAACGAAGUACCACCAACCAAAUCGGAGCUUCUGGCCUGCAUCCAGAAGAUGAACAAUAGAAACUCUGGCGGAGACGACGGAAUUAGCGCAGCAAUGCUGGAAUAUCUUCCUCCGUUUGGAAUUCGUUACAUGACAAAAAUCGCCUGCUCAGUAUGGAUUGACGAAAGGAUACCUAACUCGUAG